GGAAGGGUUCGCACGUGGUUUGUAAUUGUCCAUCACGUUCUGUGAAUGUUCUUGUUUGGCGUUUAGGUAGACGGACGGCCUAUAACAACGGACUUGGGAAAUACUUGGUAAAUAGGUGGUGGUAAAGUACUUACGAGUGAACGAAGAGGCGUUGAUAAAAAGAUUGUCAGUUGGAGAUACGGUGUCGGAGGUGGACAAUACGAAACGUAAGCUUCUAUGGGAUAUAAUAUCGCGAAUUGGGAAAUGAUACGCACGAGGGAGGAAUUAGUGGAGAAAUUGGGCCUGGACGCCGCGGAUGACACUCAUACUUUAUUGAACAAUAUGGUAGACGUCAGAGCGUGCUACAAGCCAAACGGAAAAUCGUGGUUCCGUGGCGUUCGAAGCAGCAAAUUUCGCCACGUGUACGGCGUACCGGCAAAACGGGAGAAAUGCUACGACAAUAUCAAGAUCACGAAGAACGCCCACGACUCGCAAUUCUGCGCAGUGAAUCCCAAGUUCCUGGCCAUCGUAACGGAAGUGGCUGGCGGCGGAGCAUUUCUAGUCUUGCCGCUCGAUCGCACUGGUAGGCUGGAUUUUAACGCUAGUAGAGUGACUGGACACACUGGACCGGUUCUGGACAUCAAGUGGAAUCCGUUUAACGAUAACAUCAUCGCUUCCUGUUCCGACGAUUGCACUAUAAAACUGUGGCACAUUCCUGACGGUGGUAUAUCACGAAAUCUGACCGAGUGGCUAGUUGAAUUGCAAGGGCACAAACGUCGUGUCGCGUACAUAGAAUGGCAUCCUGUUGCUGAGAACGUGCUUUUCAGCGCCGGCUUCGAUCACCUUGUUAUCGUGUGGGACAUAAAUAAAGGAGAGGCUGUCAGUGUCAUCGAUAGGCAUCCUGACGUCAUUUAUAGUAUAUCAUUGAAUCGUGACGGUAGCUUGCUGGCGACAACGUGCAAGGAUAAAAAAUUGAGGGUUUUCGAGCCAAGAUCUGGCAUCGUGGUUUCUGAGGGAGUCUGCCAUGCCGGAACAAAAGCUAGCAAAGUGGUUUUCCUUGGUAGCUCUGGACGUCUUCUUACGACUGGCUUCAGUCGUCACUCCGACAGACAGUAUGCUAUUUGGAGUCAGCAUGAUUUGAACGUACCAUUGAUAUGUGAAACUAUCGAUUCCUCCAGUGGAGUAGUAUUUCCAUAUUAUGAUAAUGACACCAAUAUGGUGUAUCUGGCGGGAAAGGGUGAUGGUAAUAUUCGAUACUAUGAAGUAGUAAACGAGGCACCCUGGAUGCAUUACCUCAGUCAAUUCAUCUCUGGAAAUCCCCAAAGAGGAUUAGGUAUAAUGCCAAAGAGGGGGGUAAACACAGCCAUCUGCGAAGUAUUUAGAUUUUAUAAAUUGCACGCGACUCGAGGAAUGUGCGAGCCGAUAUCCAUGAUAGUUCCUCGAAAGAGCGACCAAUUUCAAGAAGAUCUAUAUCCUGACACUGUAGGUACUUGUCCAGCUUUAUCAGCCAGGGAUUGGAUAAGUGGCAUGAAUAAUCCACCGAUUUUAAUCUCACUGAAAACCGGUGGUAGCAUUACCACGCACAAACCACGAGUGUACAAGCCACCGCAACUUCCACCGACAACCGAUUUAAAUAAUAAGAAGAAAUUCGCCUUUUUGUCUACCGAGACUGUACCGGAUUACAGGCCCAUCGAGUUCCACGAUAUGUCAGAGAAAAGCCAAAAAACUUCUAGCAAUCAAAGCACCAAGUUCCAACAGUUGCAACAAAAAUUCGGCAAUGUUGUGCUACAGAAAAAUAUCAUUUCCGCGCCACUGAACGAUAAUAAGGUCUUGGAGAAUGUAGACAUUCCUAACAACGAGGCGGAAUUAAGAUUAGCAUUUGCACGUCAGACUGACGAGUUACGAUUGGUACGAAGGCAGCUCGCGAAUAGUCAGUUACGCGUGAAAGAGCUGGAAGAGCAAAUUCGCAAGCUUCAGCGUCAGUAAAUUUUAUUGAAGAUCCUCAACGUAUGCGCCGAGCAAACUUCCUUGUAGCUUUGUUGCUAGUUGUAUGAGAAACAUGGUACUUAACGAACAAAUAACGCAUACGUGUAUUGUUCAUGGCAAUCUAAAUGUCUAAGCUUUCGACGAAAUUUGCACAAAAAGAAAAAGAAACAAGAAAUAAAGACGGUGCAAAAUGGAUAUUUAAAGGUGUUCGAGAAACUUUCAGAACUGGAAACAUACACUGAUUAUCUAUUAGUAACAUAUUAAUGCAGUUAUGUAAUUCUCUCUAGUGUAUCUUGUGAACGAUAUACGAUGCAUUUUUUAUAGCAUUUCUCGUUUCUCUAUACGUUAUCUUCUCUCUUUGCAAUUUCUCGUGUGGCGAUCUUGUACCGUUGUUAGAAGAAAACGCAGCAAUGAAGCAACAAUAAUUUAGUCAAUUUUUUUAGAACGCAGUUCGGAAACAUGUUCUGCUGUAGAGAAACUGAACAAAAAAAAAAAAAAAAAAUGAACAAAUGAUUGUGAUUUACACUAUUGCCUUCACUAUACAGACGAGUUUUUGUCUAUAUAAAAUGUUGAUAUUUCUCCGAGAUGCAACGUUUCGUGUAUGCAACUUUUGCACGUUUUAGCAAGUGUACUUCCCUUUUUGUCAUACGAAGUUUAAUACGUUUCUUUCGCUUGCACAUCAAGACAUAGAUAUACACACGUUACACCUAUUAUACGAAUUUCUCCAUCUAUCUGAGCAACUAAUUUUUCAUUUGAAGUUAUACGUGCGAUCAUAACGAGGGAGAAAGAUCAGCUUAAUAUAAAGAUGUAAAACUUGGACAAAGUAUUAAAUGUUCAGUACAUGAAGAAUUGUACCUGUCUUGUGCAUACGCACGUUUAUCGUAUGCGACUCGUUCUAUAUAGAAUUGUCGUACAUAGAGUGAUAGAUAAAUACAGAGAUAUUUAGGAAUUGCGUAGGGGAUAUUAUGGACGCAAUAAAAAAGAAACGGACAUCAUUCGGAGAUUCGAAAAAUAGCACAAGAUGCAAGGACUAAUUAUGACUAAUAAUUAAAAUUAAGAUUUCCUGGAAACGAGAAUCAGAGAAAAAGAGAUGGUUCGAUGAAUUUUCUGUAAUACUUAUUUUGUUGAUUUCCUUCAAAUGAACUUAUGUAUUAAUAUCUUGAUAUUUACAAUCGUAUUUAUGUCGUUCGAUUUGUUUCCUAUACUGAAUUAACGUUUAUUUCUCGAUGUUAAUAGUCAGUUAUAUUUAUGAAUUCCAUUAUAAUGGCUGUACAUUAAUCCAUCAACUAACUUAAAACUACUAUUGUAUUCUAUUCCGUAUACGUCCCGUUUUUCUUUUUUUCCAUGCGUAAGGUAAUAUAACGACGGUGUAUCUAGCUUAUUAACGUUUAAGCUAUCUUGUAUUAUCGAGUGUAUUGAUCACUGCCACAUUCACUGCCAUGGUACCUGUGGCAAUAUAAUGUUUUCUUUUUCAGCGAACACAUGGCAGUGACAAUAUUUAUUGUACACUAUAAUUAGUUUCGAAUCUUAGGCUGACACUUCUUUUAUAUAGUUAAACACAUAGAACUUAAUGUAUAUGCAUAGAGGAAAUUUUGUCAAUCAGAGAGAAAGAAAGCAAAUGGACCUAGAGCGAUCAAGGAUCAUUAAUUAAUUAAAAAGAAAGAAGAAAACAGUAGCAACUUUUUAUUCACUUCUAUUCAUAUUAUUGUAUAUGCGAAAUAAUGCUGAUAUAUGUGUGUCAAAUUAUAUAUUUCUAGGACCAACAAACCGGGAAAGAAAUUGUUAGCCACAAGAAAUUCUAUUAUUGCUUAGUAGCGAUCAGAUUUAGUAAUGAUUUAUAUACACUGUUUAUACAUAUAUAUAUAUAUGUAUUUUUCAUACGAUAUAUAGUUGUAAUUUCGAGCGAAGAAAAUGUAAAAAAAAAAAAGGAGAAAAGGAAAGGAGAAAAAGAAAGGAGAAAGAGAACUCGAGUGAAUAUUCUAACAAUAACUAAUAUAUAUGCUUGUGUUCAGUGCACAUCAAUUAUUGUAACAAAAAAAAAAAAAAA